AUGAAACAAGCGAACCAGCCAAAGCGGACAUAUGCCGUCUUUUCGACUCCCGACUCCGAUCAGGACUCGGCCGUCUCCACUACGAAACGCGCUUCAUUGUCGACCGAUCCUGCUGUUAUACGGGCCUUGGCCAGAGCUGGGCCCCUGAUCGAUGCAGUGAACGUGGUUCUCGCUUGCAUCACUUGGACACACGAUGCCGCAUAUUCUAGCUUCCUGGUGGUAUGUGGCUGGACGGUCUUCAUUCUGUAUGCCGAUUUCGUUCUCGUCUAUGGCCUCAACCUAAUACCCAUAUCUUGGAUAAUAUGGACAUAUUUGAGGAGAAAUGCUGGCCGAAGGCGGAGGAGCAUGGUUGAAGUGGAUUCUGCGCCAAAGACGACUACACAAAUUGACCUUGACCGAAUUUCUGAGCAAACCGAUCUUCUCUACGCACGUCUGGCGCUCAUUCGGGAACCUCUAUAUCGGCUGAUCUCGUUUCUGGACUGGACAAAGAACCCCGGCACGACGUAUCUGAUUGCCGUUCGUUUGGCAUGUCUAACGCCAAUAUGGUUCACUCUGGUCAAAGCACUGUUUGCGCCUCGAAUGGUCGUCUUGGUUUUAGGCUUGGUCUUCUUCACGUGGUUCUCCGUGCCAACGAAAACUAUUCGUCAGAUCAUGUGGAGGAAUCCGUCCGUCAGGAGGCUAGCCUCGGUCAUCGUCGGCGUAGACUUUGAAAUCAUAAAAACGGUUGCCGGCGUGACGAGAGCACGAGAGGGAAGCAUUGGUGCACCGCCUGGACUCAUCAGAGUUGCUACGUUCCAGGACAAAGAUUACGAAACCGUGCGAUUUAAACACAUCGUCUGGGAAAACCAAAGGAGGUGGAUAGGGCUCGGAUGGACUGCGAACCUCUUUCCUCACGAAAGAUCACCAUGGACUGACGAUUAUGGUGAGACAUGUGCUGACCUGAAAUCGUUCAAACUCCCAGAUGAGAAAAUUCUUCCGGUAGCGGGCAACAAAGUACGCGUGGCCAAGUGGAAUUGGGUACCGAAUGAGGAAUGGAAGACGGAGGUCACCAAGGACAGUGACGCGGACGGUUGGGUUUACACCGACAACAAAUGGCGAAAUCCCACUCCAAGGGAGGAGUUUGGAAAAUACACGCGCCGCCGCAAGUGGUACAGACAUGCCGACCUUUUCGAGGAGGUUCGUGAGUUUGGAGUGAUUGCACCUACAGAGGAUGCGAAGUCUGAGACAGCGGAGGAGGAGGCAACAGUUUUCGGGGCUCGGGAAGCCCAUGAACAUGCUAUCGAGGUUGCACUCGAACAGGCCUUAUCGGAGGAGAGCAAGGCGUCCGAUCGGGACUCAUUUGCUACAGUUUCAAGUGCUGAUGCACAGGUUCAUUUUACUUGA